CCGUCUGUCUGCAUUCACCCAGUGGGAAGGAACAACAACAUGUCCGGAAGCCCCGAGAAGAGCCUGACCGCCCAGGAGCUGAAGGAGCAAGGGAAUCGCCUGUUCCUCAGCAGAAAGUACCAGGAAGCUGCGGCCUCCUACAGCAAGGCCAUCGUCAGGAAGGAACUGAAGCGGAGAGAGUGCCCCUGUUGCUGGUGGAGAUCGAACCGUAACCCAUCUGUGGCUGUGUACUACACUAAUCGUGCACUGUGUUACGUGAAGAUGCAACAAUUUGAUAAGGCAGUGGCAGACUGUAAACAUGCCCUCGAGUUAGACAGCCAGUCUGUUAAAGCUCACUUCUUCCUGGGACAGUGCCUACUGGAAAUGGAGAAUUAUGAUGAAGCUAUCGGCAACCUUCAACGAGCUUAUAAUUUGGCAAAAGAACAAAGGCUGAAUUUUGGAGAUGAUAUUCCAAGUGCUCUGAGGAUAGCAAAGAAGAAGCGAUGGAACAGCAUUGAAGAUAAACGAAUUCAGCAGGAGAAUGACCUCCACGACUACCUCACCAAAUUGAUCCUCUCAGAAAAGGAAAGGGAAGUGGAACAAUGUAAACGGAAACACUAUGAAGAGAACGUGGAUGAUUCCCGAACUCGAAUGGAAAUUGCAAAGAUAGAAGCCAGACAUGACAAGUACAUGAAUGAAAUGGAUGAUUUAUUCUCCCAGGUGGAUGAAAAGAGAAAGAAGCGGGAUAUUCCUGACUACCUUUGUGGAAAGAUCAGCUUUGAGUUGAUGAGGGAGCCAUGCAUCACACCAAGUGGAAUCACAUAUGACAGGAAAGAUAUAGAGGAACACCUUCAGCGGGUGGGCCACUUUGAUCCUGUAACUCGAAGCCCUUUGACCCAAGAACAGCUGAUUCCAAAUCUGGCCAUGAAGGAGGUAAUUGAUGCAUUUAUAUCAGAAAAUGGCUGGGUGGAAGAAUACUGAACUGGAAUAACACCAUCAGGACUUGCACAUUUGCACUGCAGUGGCAACUCGAUGAAUUGUACUAACCAGAAGAGUGAGAGUGAGCAAGCCACAGAGACCGAGCAAGGGAGAGAAAGGGGAUGUGCAGGAGGUGCCUGUGGCUCUGCGCCUGAGGGGGGACUUAUCAUUUUGCUUGUGUUUAAACUUCUUUACGUGCAUGUAUAUAAAUCUCAUUUGCCACAGAAAAUCUGAACCUAGAACAAUUAUUAAAGUGUUACAGGCUCUUUAAUAAUGCUUGGUGCAGUGGGGGUAGUCUCUUUCACUCAGCUUUUGUUUCUUUGUCUAUUUUAGUCUUUUAAGUAUGAGAGAUAAAUGAAUUGAAGACUGUUCUGUAGGCCUUUGAGAUGAGGUUUUUGAUUGUGAAAUAUUGGUAUCUGUUCUCGUUUGAAAAAUGAAAGUCCCUGACAUCAAGUGCACUUGAGCAGUCUGUAUGACCUUAUGUGUAAUUUGUGUCCUGCAUUUACAUUUGAGGGCAGAUUUAAACUUGUUUUAUGCACAGUUCAUAUUUCAAUCCUUGUCCCCUCCCCUCAUUAGAUCUGCUUCCUGACAUAAUGCUUUGCGCCUCAGCUGGUUCAGCAAGGAAGGACUGCGGAGUUUAUUGUCAGUACUAUCAUCAGCUGGUGUAUCUCAAGAGGACGUUGUAGGACUGGGCAGUGGAAUUCAUGACUCUGUUCAGUGCUGGUCCUGGGUUUUCCCCAGACAAGGUGAUAUGUGUCUACAUGUAAGGAGUGUGAGAUCGAUGUGAGCCAGUGCUUUUCUGGAGCUGAUCUUCAUGGCUGCACCUGCGGAGUUAAUUGAGUGGUUUGUUUUCUUCUUUUCCUGAAAUUUCUAUGGAUCCCUAACUAAUUGAUGCAUGCCAUGCCAGUAAUAGAUCAGGAGUUCAAGGGCAAGAGCUAGCAAUCUGUGAAUUGAGGACAGUGCCUGUGAUUGUUUUGAAAAGUUGUGACCUCAGUAGAGUUUUUCUUUGCAAGUACCUAUGGAUCAUUUUAGAUCAGCAACUAAAGCAACAUGCUCACCUGUGCCUACAGUAACGUGGCCACUAUGAGCCAUUCAGAGUAGCUUGUCCAUCAGAAAGGACAAACUAAUUACUUGCUGCAAAUGUGCAUGAAAUGCCUACAGAUCAUAACUGAAUACUAAAGCAGAAAACCUUGGAAUUCAAAGGUAUGCAACCUAGUCCAUAGAUCUUUGGAGUUUGCUCCUCCUUUCAAUUAGGAAGAUAACUAUCGGUGAAAAUCUUAAUUAUUUGCCCCAUGUGUUUUUGAUCUAUCUUAAAAAGGUUUCUGAAAAAUGUGUGCUAUUACCCAGGUGAUUCCUGUGUUGGGUGUAUUUUUAUCAGUAUUUCACUUAGCACACUGAUGAUUCCCAUCACUUUUAUUUCCUUUGAUACUCUUUUCAGAAAAUUAGAAUAUACCUGGCACUUCUGAAUGCAAGUAUUGAAAUAUUCAUACUUCUAGGGUGUUAAGUCCCUUUUAAAGACGGUGUUCAUUAUGUUAAUAAAAUUAUAAAUAAUUGGAAUUUUGAUUAUGUAAAUUAUUCAGCUCUGUACCUGCCAAUACUGAGAUGUCUCAUAUCCCUCCCCUCUCCUCCUACUGCUUAUCUGUGAUUUUGUAAAUGGAGAUGGUGGUAGGAUACCACAGCAAAGUAUGAGGUUUCAGCACUGGUGGUAUCCAGCUGCAUUGAAGGAAUGAUGGGUGAUGGAAACAGUUGUUCUACAAGCAUCCUAGGGGUGUAAUAGCUUUGGUUUACAUCUGCUUCCAUUGGAAUUUUGGCCACUGAUUAGUCCAUGCCUAGUGUAUAUCUGUGUGGUAUCCCUGAAUACAAUCAGGAACUCAAGUCCAAGAAAAAAGCUUUGUUUUGUGUACCUGCUUUGGGUGGAAUGGGCUAUUCUAACAUUGCAUACAGUUGUUCCAUCAGCUUCAUGUUUUAUUUGGUUUUAGUUGAUCAUUGUAACAAAUGUACACUUUCUGUUUCAAUCCAUAUAAGUGUGAGUAAAAAUGUUGGAGACUUGCAACUGUUAUGAUUUCUGUUCAGUUUUACCUUGUAGAUUAAAUAUUUUAUCUAUGGAUUUCGAGGCAGUUGUGUUUUGCGCAUGCAUUAUUACAUCGACACAGAAUUAAACAGUUGUAAGAAUUCACAGUUUACAGUGCACUAACUAAUUUGUACUAUAUGUAGGCUGGUUUGGAUAAUCUAAGGCAAGGCUCAAAUUACUCUUUUGUUCCUCAAACUGUAUAGAGAGAAUACUCCACUGCACCAAUGUCAGUUUAAAAAGUGUCAUUUCUGUGUGAUCUUCCUGCAGCUAAAGAAUGUGACUGGUCUGACUUGUUCAUUUAUUCAUUCAGCAUUGCUCUGUACCAUGGAAGGGCAUGAUUUGUAAACCAAAACAGGCUCCCUCACUUAAGAAAAAAAAUAAAUUUCCAAAUUCAUCCCUCUUACCCACCUCCCUGCUUCAUAUAGUCCAGAAAGGAGGGCAGCCUAAGUUACGAGUUUUCUGAAUGCUGUCCUGACUACUGAUCGCAGUCUGGGGUUAAUAAUCCUCAGAUGACUUGGCCAUGACUAGGAAACAUUGCUGGCAUAGGAAUCUAGUGUGUGAAUCCCAGUCAAGUAUGGAACAAAUUGAGUGUAUUGCUCUACUGUUACAGCUACUCAAACAUUUCAUGAAUUGCUUCCUAGACUUGUAAACUUUCGGAAUGAGACAUCUUUAAGUCACCUUUUGCUGUGGAUUCGCGGCCUCUGUCUAAUUAGCUGUCCGAGAGGGCAAAUCAUCCUCUCGUCCUGGAUCAGAUUUAAUACUAUGUCUAAGACUUGAAAAGUCAAUAUUUGUUUAACAGUGUGUUGACUAGUCAUAAUAGUUAAGAAGGUUUUACAUUCUGUAAUGAAUUCCAGAAAUUGAUUGACAAUGUUACCUGAUCAGUAUCUGACUAGGAGUAAAACCAUGUGAUCUAAUAAAGUAACAGGAGUUUCUUCUA